AUGUACAUCUGUCAAGAAUGUUAUCAAGAAAUUUCUGAUUAUUCUGAUUAUUGCAAAACGUGCAACUUGGUACAUUUUCGCAAUAAUUUUGCGCAUUGGACUAGCGGCGACUUAAAUCUUGACAAACUUAUUCAAAAUUCACAACUCAAUGCAAACUCUCCAAUAAAAUUAAUUGAAUGGAUUGAAUACUCAAAUCUUGAAAAUAUUGAACUUAUCGCUCAUGGUGGGUUUGGGAGUGUUUAUAAAGCAAUUUGGAAAGAUGGUCCAAUCAUGGAUUUGGACUUUAAUAAAUCUAAAUGGCGACGGGAAAAUAAAAAGGAAGUGGCAGUAAAGAAAUUCCAGAAUGUGACUAAUGUCAGCUCAGCUUUCUUGAAUGAGGUUGAGUUUAAUUUAGAAAUGAAUGAUGCGACAUAUGGUAUUAAUACUAUUCAAAUUUAUGGAAUAACUCGUGAUCAACAAAAUGGAGAAUACGCUAUUGUUACAGAAUUCAAAAAUGGUGGCAAUCUAAGGCAAAUGAUUAAACAAAAUCACAGUAACCUAACUUGGAAAGUCAUCAUAGAAAUAUUAAUGAGAAUUUGCGAAGGACUGUGUUCUGUUCACGAUUCAAAACACUUCCACAAGGAUCUUCACAGUGGUAACAUCUUGCACUCAAUUCACCCAAACAAUAAAAUCAAGUCUGUAAUUUCAUGUUUUGGUCUGUGUCGUCCUAUGGAUCAAAGUUCUACAGACAAAACACCAUAUGGUGUCUUACCAUUUGUUGCACCAGAGGUUUUACUUGGUAAAGAAUUCACUGAAGCAGCAGAUAUUUAUGGGUUUGGGAUGAUAAUGUCAGAAUUGAUUAGUGGUGAGGCACCUUUUGUUGAUAGGGAGUAUGAUGAGAAUUUGACUUUGGCUAUUUGUUAUGGUCAACGUCCACAAAUUCCAGAAUAUACACCUGAACCAUAUGCUGUAUUAAUGAAACGUUGUUGGGAUCUUGUUCCUACAAAUCGUCCGACAACUGAGAAAUUGUAUGAUCAAAUUGAUAAUUUACGGAACGCGUUGUUUAUCGACAAUUUAAGCUAUCUUAAUGAGGAUAUUGGGCUAGAAAUUAAGGAAAUUAAAGAAAUUAAGGAAGCAUUUAACUGGGAAAGAGAAGUCAAGUGGAAAGCACGAUUAGCAGAAUUGGCUACAAAUCCAAUACCACUGAAAAAAUCACAAAAUUCGCUUACCAGUAAACGACUUGAUUAUUCACAAUCUCUUUCUCAAAAACUUAGCGUUUAA